CUCUGAUCAACUCUUUUACUAAACUUCUCCAAUUGUAUGAUUUUAUUUUGGAUAAUUUCAUGUACAACUCUAAUUAAGGUAUACUCAUCUUAUCGCGUUUCUCUUCAAGGGUUUAACAGAAAAAGUUGGACCGUCAAACUUCCGAAGGUCCUGUGAUCGCACUCGCUAUUCAGGAUGAAGAUGAAUACAGGAGCCUUCAAUGGCAACAUGAAGAAAGCACUUGCCGGUUUGAAGCGCAUUAAUUUGGAUGGUUUGCGUUGGAGGGUUUUUGAUGCCAAAGGCCAGGUUCUUGGGAGAUUAGCAUCUCAAAUUUCUACUGUUCUCCAAGGGAAGGAUAAACCAACAUAUGCUCCUAAUUGUGAUGAUGGAGAUAUGUGCAUUGUUCUAAAUGCAAAGGACAUCUGCGUUACAGGGAGGAAACUUACAGAUAAAUGUUAUCGGUGGCACACUGGGUUUGUGGGUCACCUUAAGGAAAGAACAUUGAAGGAUCAAAUGUUGAAGGAUCCUACGGAAGUUAUUCGUAAAGCUGUCCUCCGCAUGCUUCCCAGAAAUAAAUUACGUGACGAUAGAGAUCGGAAACUUAGGAUAUUUACCGGUGAUGAACAUCCUUUCGCUGAUAGAGCCCUUGAGCCAUACAUGGUAGCUCCUAGACAAGUGCGAGAAAUGCGGCCCCGAACCAGAAGAGCCUUGGUUCGUGCACAAAAGAAGGCAGAGCAACAAUGUGUUACAGCUACUUCCAAAAAUGUGUAGACGGCAGAAGAAAAAGCUGAAGUUAAUGCAUGAAGUACUCCAAGAUGAUUUGAUGUGUAAAAAUAUUUGAAUGUCACAAUAUCAGGAGUCUCAGUCAUGUAGAGGGAUAAUCACUGCUACUGUGGCUUGUAUGGCUGCCAUUGGAAAAUUUUGACUUGGUUUAUGUUAAAAUAUCUGUAUUAGUCUUUAUUACUAUCUACUAGGAGUAGUUCCAUAAAUAUUGACUAAAUGGUCCCUUCAAUAAGUUCAUUUCUGUGCACAAGUUUUAAUUUCUACCAAAAGUUAAGUCUUGCAGAGUACAGAAGUUCCAGAAACAGCUUGCGGUUCUGGACUGUAAUUGUAUAAUAUGCUCAAAACAAUGUUCAAAUGAACCAAUUUUCCAUUAAAGUCAUUUCCUUUAUUAA